AUGGAGGGCUUAGGCCGCUUUUGCCCGAGCUCCCGCCUGGACCCGGGCUCGGGGAGCGAGGCCGGGACACCCUCGCCACAUGCGCGCUGCGCGCCCACCGCGCGGCCUCGAAGGCGCAGGUGCCCGGACUCGCCCCGAGAGAGCCGCAGCCUGACCGACGUGGCCACUGGGCCCCCGGACGGCGCCAGGAGGCCCCGGCCCCACGGACGGCGCCUGGAGGACGCCUGGGGCGAGCCGGGGGCCGGCGCGCAAGGCCCGGCCUGGCGACGGCAGCCCCCAGGGCCCUGGCACCGCCCUCCAGCCCGGGGAGGCUCGCCCCCACCUUGCCCCGAGGGAGCGUCCAGCCCGCCGGGCGGGACCUUCGGGGCGCAGAGGGCUCAGAGCGGAGACCAGUGGGCAGUGCCGCCGUGCGGAGGAGCGGGUCGCCGGUCCCUGUCCUCGGCUCUGUCCCAGAGGUCUUCGGGGCGGUCCCAGGAGUGCGCGGCGCCGGCGGCUUGCGCGUGCGCCCACCUGCGGGAAGGUAGUGACCCCGGGGAGUCCGCGGCCCGCCAGCCGUCCCAGCCGUCAGCGUCGCGCGAGGAGCGGCCGAGCCCGCGCACCCAGCUCCUCAGGACCGAGCUGGAGGAGGCGCUCACGACCUCCAGGGGCCAGAAGAUCGUGGCCCUGGUCCUGACCCGGCUCCGGAAGGCCCAGAGGAUGCGGGAGCUGCAGCAGCAGGCGGCCGCCGCCUGGGAGGAGCUGAGGCUCUCGGACCAGAAGGUGCAGCGGACCCUGGAGCGGGAGCGCGAGCGGCUUCUGCGCGAGAGCCGCGAGCAGCGGCGGCAGCAGGAGCGGCGCGUCCGACGGCGCCACGGCCCCGCGAGGCCGGACGACGACCCGGAGCGCGCCCCGAAGCUCGCGCCGGCGACCCCCCGGCCGAGCCGUGAGCUGCGCGCGCCGGAGCCCGAGAGGCCCGAGCGGGCGGGUCCCCGGCAGGGCCUGCACCCCACGGACACCCAGGAGCCGGUCCGGGAGACCAACCUCAGCUCCCUGGUCAACUACCAGGCCCGGAAGGUGCUCCUGGACUGCCAGGCCAAGGCCGAAGAGCUGCUGAGGAAGCUGUCCCAGGAGCAGGGCGCCCGGCGGUGCCCGGGGGCGCAGCCGGGCCUGGGGAGGGAGCUGGGGCCCGGGGCGCAGCGGCCCCGGGAGCCUCUGCAGCAGGUGCGGCGGCGGCGCGCGGAGGCCGGGGAGCAGGUGCCGGCGCACAAGGGGCUGCCGACCGAGCUGGCCGAGCGCAGGGCGCGGCGGGCCGGGGGCGGCGGGGACGAGCUCGGCGUCCUGCGGGGGGAGAACCAGCACAUUCUGAAGCUGAAAGCCGAGAAGGAGGGCAAGUGCCACAUCGAGGGCAUCAAGGAGGCCAUCCGGAGGAAGCAGCAGAGGAGGGAGCACAUCUCCCGGGAGCAGGACGCCACGUUGGAGGAAUUCGAGAAGCUCUCCAGGGCCCCCCGGGGGGACCAGGCGCGCGCGCUGGCCGGCAGCCUCCUGGACCGGCGGGCGCGGGAGGAGGCGGGGCCGCAGGGCUGCUGAGGGCGGGCGCGCGGGAGGGGGGAGGUGGGGGGGGCUGUGGUGCGUGGCACUCUGAUUAGAA